AUGGCAACUUCCUUUUCUUCUCAGCAAAUCCACAAUCCCAAGACCAACUAUGAAAAAGAAAGAGAGGAAGACUAUGAAGCAACAUACCAAAAGUACAGUGAGGCACUCCAAACCCUUCCAAAAGAGAGAGGCUGGAUAACUGAACAUCUAGUUCAGUACCAAGGCUACUGGUUAAGCCCCAAGUCUGCCCUAAAAGGAGUCUUGUUGGUGCAACAUCACUUCAAGGCUCGACCUACCAAUAUCUUCCUGUCUGCAAACAUGAAAUGUGGCACCACAUGGAUCCGAACCCUGAUGUUCGCCACCAUGAACCGGUCCCGUUAUGACUUCUCCUCCCAGUCCCACCCUUUGCUUAACACUGGCCCUCAUGGCUGUUUCCCCUUCUUAGAUGCCUCUAUAUAUCAAAACUAUCCCAUAAAUACCAACCUUGAUGCUCUUCCUUCGCCUCGGCUCUUUGCUACUCACAUUCCAUACACUUUGUUACCACAAAGUGUGACAUCUUCUGGCUGCAAGUUUGUUUACAUAUGGCGUGAUCCAAAAGAUGUGCUUACUUCUCUUGGUCACUUCUCGGAAAGAACAAAACACAAAGAAGUGACAUCCCUUUCACUAAAAGAAGCAUUUGAGAUGUUCUGUGAGGGCGUCUCACACUAUGGACCCUUUUGGGAUCAUGUGUUGGAGUAUUGGAAAGCAAGCCUUGAAUUGCCUGAAAAGUUUCUGUUCCUUAGGUAUGAGGAUUUGAAGAAAGAACCCUCCAUUUAUCUUAAGAAGUUGGCUGAAUUCAUGUGCAACCUUUCUCAUUGGAGGAGAGGAGAGAUGGGGUGGUGCAAGAAAUAG